CCAGGAGCAGCAACUGGCUGCGGAGUGCAGAUGCAGCGAAGAUGAACAUAGAGGGGAGUGCCUCACCUUCUCCUCUUCCAACCUCCGACACAAGUGUGGUCACCUCCACCUUCUCUGUUGUAGACUAUAUAGUGUUCACCCUGCUGCUGCUGUUCUCCCUGGCCAUUGGACUCUACCAUGCUUGUCGUGGUUGGAGUCGCCAUACUGUUGGCCAGCUACUGCUGGCAGACCGCAAAAUGGGCUGCCUUCCUGUGGCACUGUCACUGCUGGCCACCUUCCAGUCAGCUGUGGCCAUCCUGGGUGUGCCAUCAGAGAUUUACCGAUUUGGGACCCAGUAUUGGUUUCUGGGCUGCUCCUAUUUCCUGGGGCUGCUAAUCCCUGCUCACGUCUUCAUCCCUGUCUUCUACCGCCUGCAUCUUACCAGCGCUUAUGAGUACCUGGAGCUAAGAUUCAAUAAAGCAGUGAGAGUUUGUGGAACUAUAACCUUCAUCUUUCAGAUGGUUAUCUACAUGGGGGUUGUGCUCUAUGCUCCAUCGUUGGCCCUCAAUGCAGUGACUGGCUUUGAUCUGUGGCUGUCUGUGCUGGCCCUAGGCAUUGUCUGUACUGUCUACACUGCACUGGGUGGGCUGAAAGCCGUCAUCUGGACAGAUGUGUUCCAGACACUGGUCAUGUUCCUAGGGCAGCUGGUGGUUAUCAUCGUGGGGUCUGUCAAAGUGGGCGGCUUAGGACACGUGUGGGAUGUGGCUUCCCAAUAUGGUCUCAUCUCUGGGAUUGAGCUGGAUCCUGACCCUUUUGUGAGGCAUACUUUCUGGACGUUGGCUUUUGGAGGUGUUUUCAUGAUGCUCUCUUUAUAUGGAGUGAACCAGGCUCAGGUUCAGCGCUACCUCAGUUCCCGCACAGAGAAGGCUGCUAUACUUUCCUGCUAUGCUGUGUUCCCUUGCCAGCAGAUAGUCCUCUGCAUGAGCUGCCUCAUUGGUAUGGUCAUGUUCGCCUAUUACAAGGAGUAUGCCAUGAGCAUCCAACAGGCUCAGGCAGCCCCUGACCAGUUUGUUUUGUACUUCGUGAUGGAUCUCCUCAAAAGCCUGCCAGGUCUACCUGGGCUCUUCGUUGCUUGCCUCUUCAGUGGCUCCCUCAGUACCAUAUCCUCAGCAUUUAACUCACUGGCAACUGUUACAAUGGAAGACCUGAUCCAACCCUGGUUCCCAGAGUUCUGUGAAGCCCAUGCCAUCCUGCUUUCCCGGAGCCUUGCCUUUGGCUAUGGGCUACUUUGCCUGGGAAUGGCCUUUAUUUCCUCCCAGAUGGGACCUGUGCUACAGGCAGCAAUCAGUAUCUUUGGUAUGGUCGGGGGGCCGCUGCUGGGACUCUUCUGCCUUGGGAUGUUCUUUCCCUCUGCCAACCCACCUGGUGCCAUUGUGGGCCUGCUGGCUGGACUCAUCAUGGCCUUCUGGAUCGGCAUUGGGAACAUAGUGACCAACAUGGGCUCUGGUGUUCCACAUCCUUCCUUUAAUGCGUCCACCUUCUCCCUGUUCAGCAACCUGACCAACACCACUGUGACCACCCUGAUGCCCUCUGCCACCCUCUCCAAGCCCGUGGGACUGCAGCGGUUUUACUCCUUGUCCUAUUUAUGGUACAGCGCUCACAACUCCACCACAGUCAUUGUGGUGGGCCUGAUUAUCAGUCUGCUCACUGGAGGAAUGCGGGGCCGGUACCUGGACCCCCGGACCAUUUACCCUGUGCUGCCAAGACUCCUUGCCCUCCUACCAUUGUCCUGUCAGAAGCGGCUUUGCUGUGGAAGCUGCGGCCAGGAUAUCCCCAUGGACACAAACCUGUUUCCAGAGAAGAUGAAGAAUGGGGUGCUGCAAAACAGCAGGAUCAAGGAGGCGAUGGCUGAGGAUGGCUCAGCUCACCAGGGGUACAGCCCGACCUUCAUUGUUCAGGAGACCUCACUGUGACCCGGACUCAGGCCCCUCAGCCUCUGUUCUUGCUGUCAGGCAGCAGCCAAAAGCUACCCUGUAGUGUGGGGAUGGGUCAGGAUGACCUAGCCCACACCAAUGGACUUUGUUCCUAAAGAUUCUCACCUGCCAUGGAACCCGUUGCAUUUUGGGGGUGGGAGAGUAGCACAGCGUUUUUUCUUUGUCUUGACAAUCUUUUGCUCUUUGGACCAGAAUUACAAACAGUGGGAUUGAAGCUGGAUGCUAGUGGCUCAUGCCUAUAAUUCUAGCUACUCAGGUUGAGAUCUGGAGGAUCACUUGCUACCCUGGGCAGAGCAGUCUUUGAUACUCCAUUUCAAAAAAUCAAAGCUGGAGGUGUGGCCUUAUGGUAGAGUACCAGCUUUGGCACUGACACAUAUACACAAAUAGGGUUGUAUCAAAAAUGAGGGUAGAAGUGAACCUCUGGGAAAAGGAUAAUGGGUUCUGUUAAUAUAGCCAGGGUCCUUUGGAGUGAAUAGAAAUAUCACUUCCUGUAUGCCCUAGGGCCCAAUGAGGUAAGAUUGACCAACUCUAUCCUAGAGUUGAGAGGCUGCCUUGGCCAAAUGUUUCUCAUGGCAUCCUGUCUCGGCACCAAUUCUGUCUGCCAAAGUGGGCCCUGUGAUUAUUUUCAGGUUGUAACACUCAAGCCCCUCAUUCUGUGUGUACCUCCAUUCUUCAGAGGUUUUGGUAUCCCUAGGCUCCUCAGCAUACACAGAUGUGGUCAUCUAUGUGUAAAAUAGGCAGGUUUUCUGUGUCACUGACCCUACUCUUCACCACUGAGGUCAGCACUCUGGUGCAGAAGAAAUGUGGAUCCAAGGAACUGGUGCUGUUAGCAGAUCCUCUGGAGUAUACUGUCCUCUAAACGCCGCCAGGCCACCCUGGGGUCAUUCUGUGAUCCAUACUCCUUUCUUUUUGGAGUUUCUCCCUCAAACAUCUUUGUUCCUAGGGAAUAAAAACAACACUUAGACCAAGA